GACCGUAGCAGCAGACAAGCAACACCACUCCGGCCAGCCGUCCACAACAAAGUCUAGGGGGUUCGUCGGAGUGUGUCGCCCCGCUCUUUUCGCGCUCCGUGCCGGCGCCGUGCGUGCGUGCGUGCGUGCGUGCGUGCGAGCGAGCGAGCAAACGAGUCUACGAGCGGACCGCGGCGCGCGGUUUCCUGGGUGACGGGCCCGUUGUCGCCUUCGAGACCGAGGGAGCAACGAAGGCGGCGAGAGACAGAGAGAAAAAGAGCGCGCGCGCGCGCACGGGUGGAAGGAGACAGAAAGAGAGAGGAAGAUAGAGAGCGCGCUUGCUCGACGACGACAACGACGACGACGACGACGACGACGGAGGAACACGUCGUUCGGCCGCGCAAGUGCGCCCGGGCGCCGCUGCGUUCGAGCACACGACAUUCAUGAAGACAGAUUCGUCUCUCCAGCAAAGGAGAGGUAGUAGCGGUGGUGGCGACGACUCAGUGGGUGCAGAGAGAGGCGAAGGAGUGAUUGCCAUGACUACGACAGGAGCCCAGUAUGCCCUCGCAGCAGCAUCCACCGGAGCUAAUAACAGUGGGGGUGGUUCCACGGCGGUAGGGGUGGAAUCUAAGCAGAAUGUGGUUGUCGUGACUACUACCUCCAGCUCCAGUGGUGGUGGCAGCGGAGCACAGACUCAGUCUGCCAGAGGCCAGCAACUCAUCACUGUUGUGACAAAUCCUGAUCCUUCCAGUCCAAAUAAUUUGCAGCCCAUCCAGGUAUUUGUUCAGGAUUCGCUUGAAACAGCUGCAGAUUCGUCCAACGGUUCAACAGGUACGCCAGCGCAUGUUACAGCACAAGUAGUGGUUAAUACCACUCACUCAGGCCAGCAUACGCUGGUGGAUUCCGACGCCGCUUCUACGUCAGCUGGCACCAUCGUCAGCGGUUCUCCGGCAGGUCACUACAUAACAGUCACAGGUACCAGUGACUCACCAUCCUACGCGUCCCUCACAACGGCUGUAGUGUCUGGUGACGCAGAGGCGGUGGGGUCCGAGUCAGUCUCUCAUCCGACUUACGUUCAGUAUGUUGAAGGGGAUGGUUCCACGUAUAUACCGGCGAAUGGCCAGAUGACAUAUCCCGUUUACGCUGUUGGCGAGGCGGGAGCAAUGUACACUCCAGCUUCGGGUCAGUACUAUACUCCAGCAACAACGCCAGUAACAUAUGCGCAGGUCACAGGACAAGGCACAAAUUCGACCACCGGACAGCUGUUAUCACAGGGCAACGGCACGUACUUGAUUCAACAGAGCGUAGUAGAUGGAGACCCGACUCACGCACUCAUAUCCGCGGCAGCCGCGCGCGCUAGCCCGCAAACGGAAACGGCGGAGGCUGUGGUUAGCGGUGGUGGCGGGGCGUACUUGAUCAGCGGUAAUUCUGGAGGUGCCACUGUCACCGUGGAAGAGACAGCGGCAAACGUGACGCAUGCCACUAGAGUCUCCCAGGCCACCGUACAAUGGCUGUUGGAGAAUUAUGAAACCGCCGAUGGCGUGUCUCUGCCAAGAUCUACUCUUUACAAUCAUUAUUUACGCCACUGCUCCGAAAACAAAUUGGAUCCUGUAAACGCGGCCAGUUUUGGAAAAUUAAUACGUUCUGUAUUCUUAGGAUUGAGAACCAGGCGUUUAGGAACUAGGGGAAAUUCGAAAUAUCAUUACUACGGAAUUCGUGUGAAGCCAAGCUCGCCUUUGUCUGUCUUGAACGAGGACGGCACGUCAAGACAACAGCAGAGUGCGAACUCUCAGACUAAGCGGUUCAAAUUUGUCAAUCAGAAACAGGAGUCGUCCUAUGAAAAUAACACCCACACGAAUACGAAUAUCUCCAACAAUUCCUCGCCGCCGCAAUAUCACCAGUAUCUCGGCGAAGCAAGUGCCGCUAUUCCCGAAUUCCCAGAAAUCUUCAUUAGUCAUGACUCGUCCCUGCCCGAGGAUUGCACCCUCGAGGAUAUCGAUACGUUCCGCAGCAUAUAUAGAGAGCACUGUGAGGCGUUCCUCGACGCGGUGCUAAAUUUUGAGUUUGCCACGGUGGAGAGCCUCUGGAGAGAAUUCUGGCGCAGCCAGGACAAUAAUAAUGGUGAUGAGUGCGAAGAGGAGAAGUAUUUGUCAAAAACUAAAUUAUAUCAGAUGUGUCAGUGUACGGGAGUACAAGACUUUAUCAAAAAAGUGGACUAUACGUUCUAUCAGAAUCUAGUCGAUGUUUUAAUGCCUAAUGUGUUGCGACCGAUACCAAGUACGUUGACACAGUCUAUUCGAAAUUUUGCAAAGGGAUUGGAAUCUUGGUUACAGUCAGCAAUGGCCGAUUGUCCUGAAGAAAUGACGCAAAUUAAGUUAACUGCAGUGUCAGCUUUUGCUCAAACUUUAAGACGCUAUACGUCAUUAAAUCAUCUCGCACAGGCCGCGCGAGCAGUGCUUCAAAAUUCUAAUCAAAUUAAUCAAAUGUUAGCUGACUUAAACCGCGUUGAUUUUCACAACGUGCAAGAACAAGCCUCUUGGGUAUGCCAAUGUGAUUAUGGGAUGGUACAACGUCUCGAGGCAGAUUUUAAAGUAACAUUACAGCAACAAAAUUCACUGGAAGAUUGGGCGAUCUGGCUGAAAGGAGUCGUAACUCAAGCGCUUAAGCCACAUGAGGAGAAGCCAACAUUUGCUAAAGCUGCACGUCAAUUCUUGCUCAAGUGGUCGUUCUAUAGCUCGAUGGUUAUUCGAGAUCUCACUUUAAGGAGCGCUGCGAGUUUCGGAUCUUUUCAUCUCAUCAGAUUACUUUAUGAUGAGUAUAUGUUUUAUUUAAUAGAGCACCAAGUCGCUAUUGCAACUGGGACUACACCAAUAGCUGUAAUGGGAGACAAAAGUCAAAAUUGCUCUUUAGUUAGUAGCUUUGGAGCAACGUCCAAUGGAGUCGAUACAAGUAACGCAAAUUAAUUUUCAGAUGCGUCUAAUGCGAGCCAACCAAAACGUAUGAAGCUAAGCUAACUGUGUGCCUACGCCCUUUAGUUUAUGAGUAAACCCGUAGCACACGAAAAUACGAAGAUACUAGCACGAAAGCAUGCAGGCCUAUUACAAAAGGAAAAAAACACUAGUCUCGUAAAUUAUUAUUUUGUAUAACGUCAAAUUAUAAUUAUGACAUAUAAGAAGAGGAUUUUUGCAUAAUGCCUACGAUGUAUACAAUUCAAGUAAGUCUGUGUGAUAUAAGAUAUAGAGAGGUAUUGUAUUGUACUCCGCGAAAGCCUUGUCUCAUAUACAGGUAUGGCGCAGGUUUAAAGUAUCGCUGGCACGAUUUUAGUACGUUAGUAUAUAUAUCGAAUCUAGUCGAAACAUCUUUGGAAGGAAAUAAGAGUAUACGGGACCAUGAAUUUGUCAUGCCCUCACUAAAACAUGUAUGAAAAGCCCAUUCGAUUGUAUUUCUUAUAAAUCAUUAUAUAAUUUUAAUUAUAUUCAAUGUAUGUGAUGUAUUUAUUGGAAAAAUAAUUUUUAUGUGAAUAUUGUGUGUGUACAUAAACACACACGCACACACAUCCAUUUUUUAUUAUAGUUAGUAAAGAUAUUUAAAUUAUUUGACAAUACGUUUGAAGAAAACUACAUCGAGUGGGCUUAAAAUGAUCAUCAAUUUGUGCAACGGAAAACGCGAGAGAUAAAAUUCUCUGCCUCGAGCAGGGUAGAAUUCACCUAACGUGUCAUUCGCGAGUUUCAGUGUACAAAUUACACGCAAACCAAUUACAAAAAUCCGCCCUAUCCGACGGUAAUAUGUCAAAAGUAUUCCUAUCGGAAUAUAGAUUGCUGUAACGGUAUAUAAACUUUAAAGUUUACACACAUACAUAUAUCCGACAUUCAUAUUUUUUAACGUAAUUUAUUGAUUGAACACAUCGAGCUCUGUGUAUAGAGAUUUCAUUUGAGAGCAAUCUCUAUUGCAGUCGGUUGCUAUUCUCUCAGUAUAAUUAAACGAAUAGUACAAAAUUUUAUUGGAAAGAGAGAGAAAGAUAGGAGAGGGAGAGACGCGAGUAACGAGAUUGUUUUAAUUUACUGAUAGAAUACAGUGUGCGUCUCAUACAUUGAAUGUGUAUAUAUUAAUGAAAUGUAGUGGAUGAAAAUACGUACGAUUGUUGAAGUUAAAGAAAAAAGCUGCAAAAUAUAAUGAUAAACGCGAUACAAACGCCUCCAACCACUUCAAAAGUCGGUUGAGGUUGCUUACAACUAAAAAUAUGUGUCGGUAUAUGUUUUGUAUUUAUAAGCACUUCAAUAACGUCUUUUGUAUUGUAAAAAUAUUAGGAUGUAAGUACUCCGGCAUCGCUACAGUUUCAUAUGUUGAGUUUAGUUUGUUCAUGUACAUUAUUUAAGGUAAUUUAAUAUAUAUAAGCGCAAUUGCAGCGGUUACGCGCACGGAUCUUUAUUUAUUUGAAGUUGAAUCAGUCUUACGUUUCAAGCGACAAAUAUUUAUAUAAUAAAUCGUUCUUUAUAAUAUAUAUCCACGACAAGUUGCUUCUUAAACAUCGAAGACGUUUAAUCAAAAAGAAAAAAAAAAAAGAAAAAGAAAUCGACAGAUACUAUUUAUUAUGUUGUAGCACCGGGCAGUAAUUCAGCACGUCCGUUUUCUUCACGAUGAUUUUUGUAUUUUAAAUAUAACUGUUGAUUUAUUAUGUAUAUCUUAAGUAAAUUAUAACUCAUGAGAAGCGCGCCUACAGGCAACAUAUUCUGUUUAAUGUUUAUGUAUGACAGAAGUAUUUUUAAUAUUUUUUACGCGACGCAUCUACACAUACACAUAUAUAGAUGCGUAUAAAAUGCGCAGUGUCAACGAAACCAAAGUGCACCAUUGCAUAGCUUAACUCGUUUCUGUAACUUUUGCAUUAAAAACGCAUCGACAAAUCCUACGUUUUCGCAGGUUACUUUCCACAAAUUCACUAUUGAUUGCUGAGAGACAUACGAGAUGCGAAAAAGCACGUUAGAGGAGUAAUGAGGUUGCUUAUGAAAAUUAAUAAAGGAUUUUAUCCUUUAUAAUCUGAUACUAUAAUUUUAUGAAAUUAUUAUUCUUUCGAACGUGAAAUUAAUCCUCUUUUAGUUAACAUCACAUUUUUCAUUGCAAAGUAUUAAAUAUCUACACAUCUGUCGCAACGUUAUUUUUACACUUGAGUGAAAGUUACAGUCUGACAUGUGAAGUGGCGCAAACGAUAACGAUGAUAAUGCUCGAGAAUGACUCGGCAGACUUGCUGAUGUAGAAUGAGUAUCGUUUUAAUGCGCGAUAAAAAAGCGAAUGAAUUAAUUCGUAUUAACGUGCGUUAUUUGAAUCGCGUUUCAUUGAAUUCUCGACGAGAUUGCACAAUAUGUAAGAAAUAAUAUUACAAAGAAGAAAAAAAAAGAGGAAAAAGGAACUCGGUGCCUUUUAUUUUAUAAAGACGAAGGGACAUGAGCAUCUUUUCACACUUCAUUCUAAUAGUGAACGAGCGUAAAAAUCUUAUCCAAUAGCUGUAUAAAUGAACACGCUUGUUAAUUUGUCGCGACGGCUUGCGUAAAGAAGGCGGACUUUACGAUCUCUCGACCUUGCUGUUUAUCAACUCAAAAAAUGUUUGUGAUAAAUGUGCUGGGUGCGAUUAAAAAAUGUGUCACUAUGUCAUUUGUGUUAUAGACUACUCGGCUAUUUGCCAGUGUACACACGCGUGACCGUUCGCCUUACGUCCGUUUCUUAAGUUCCUCCAAUGUCUGAAUAAUUUAAUUCUUUCUGCAUUUCAUUCCUCAUUUGCGUGCGAAAACGUGACCGUAGCGUAGGGAAGCAUAUCCUUUCUGUUUUUUCUUCGAUCCACGACUGAAACUUUGCGUCCAUGUUCCCGCAAACGUUUCCUCUUCCACAAGCUGCGUAAUGUUUUGUUCGUGGCCGCGAUUUAACAAAGGUACUAAAAAAAGAAACCGGUUUCGCGAAUUGCGAGGUAAGCGUCUCGCCGCCGAUAAAGAUACAUAGAAUACGUGCGUUUAUAAUUUAUUGCGUAGAAUUAUUGCGUGCUAGUCAAAGAGAACUUGAUAGUGUGGUCUAAAGUAAUGAGAUACGAGAAAUUGAGAAGAGUGGAUGAGUGAUUCGAGAGGGUGAAAGCACAUCGUGCAGACAUCGAGCAGGAUCUAGGACGUUUCCGUAACUGUAAUGAGCUUAUACGUGUAAAGAUAUAGAGAAUGAAACUUAUCGUCGAUACCUAUGUGUACCUAGGAUGUAAGGAUACGGCUUUACGGGGCGUUCUCCCGUCGUCAACGAAGGAAAGGUCCGAAUGCGGGGGCGACUCAGCCGGUGCAAAGGAAAGAAUAGGAGGAAAAGGAGUCAAACUUCUGUCAUAACUUGGAUCUUAAGCGUGAUACUGUGACUUUAUUAUAUAAGAUUAAAAAUCCAAGAUUGGAUCGUAAGAAGAAGAAAUCCUGAAGGAGAGAAUUCUCCAGCAUAUUUUUUAGCAGUCGCUGCGUCGUGCCCGCUUCUAAAUUAAAGAGAUCGCUCUAAUCGUAAGUUUUAUAAUCCCGCCGUGGUAGAGAGGGAUUGAAAAGGUAGUCCGAUAGUAACUGUACUGUACGCAAGAUCAAACACACAUCGUGGUUUCCUAUGUUGCGAGAUAAGUAAACACACGGCCUUAAAUAUAUUUCUGACUGUACGACGGAGAAGGAAAAAUAGAGGAUUAGAGAAUGAGGAUUGAUGGGAGGAUUUAGGAAUGAGACAGGUCCGAAAGAAAGAAGAAAUUGCGACGCAUUUUUCCUUAUGACGUAUAGAAGAUAUUUUGAUACCUCCAGAUUUGCACAAAUCAAGUGUCAUUCGUUACCGCUUGAAUAAGAUUAUUUUUACUGAACGCCGCUCAAAAAGAGAGAAAGAAAAAAAGAGAAAGGGGAGAGAAACAGCGAACUUAGGGUGUAAAUCGAGAUGCAAGAUUUUCGAGAGUCUGUGUGAAUGUGCGGAUCACGAAAAAUGAAUAAUAAAUCUAUGUUUAAAACUUGUAA